GGAAUUCACCUGUUGCAAAUCAAAACAAACCAGUGUGGUGUUGGUUCUAUCCUAUGAUGUUGUCCACUAUAUACAUGAUAUACUACAGUAACAUGAAAAAUCAAUGAAGACUUUGAACAUAUUGAAAGCUUUUAACUUGCAGACGCACAUUGGUGUUAAUACAAAAUGAACAUAAAGCUGUAGGGAGCCAUACCAGCUAUACUAUAAAAGUUUCAGUUUUUGGGAGCUAAGAUUAUGCCGAUAGGAGCCAUACCGUUCCCGUUUGGGAAGUGCAAGAUCUGUAAAGAUAAAGCUACUGGUGUCCAUUAUGGGGUGGCUACAUGUGAAGGGUGUAAGGGAUUUUUCAAGAGAAGCAUCCCAAAAGCACAUAAAUAUAAGUGUUUUUUCGGUGGACAAUGUGAUAUUUCACCAAAGAAUCGGAAUAGAUGUAAAUCAUGCAGGUUUAAUAUGUGUCUUCAAUUUGGAAUGUCUAUUGAUGCGGUAAAAAUGGGCAGAAUACCAAAGACUGAGAAGGAGAAAGCCUUAGCUGAAGCUGCAGAUGAGACAACACCCGACCAGAUUAAUAACUUUCUUCAAAGUGAAGAAUAUAGUUCUUCUUUCUCUCAAAACGUUUGUUCUAUGGAACAGAGACACUCUUUUACCUCCCAAAAGGUAUGUGCUGUGAUCCCUCAAUCAUUAGAACGAAACUUAGAAGAGGGAAAUCAUAUGCAUGUUCAACACAUGAAUACUUUAGAAAAUGGUGAGAUAGAAACAAAUUCAAAAGUGCUAAAUCAUCAUGACUUUCAUGAAAGAUCUGAAAUUGAACAGAACUUCAAAGAGAGAUUACAAAAUUGUCAGGAAUUUCAAGAAAAAUCACAAAACGAUAGGAAUUUUGAGAACUGGAGAAAUCCAAGGAAUUCAGCAAAUGAAAAUUGUCAAAAUUUACCUAUGGAUUUUCAAAAGACUGAAUUUUCCGAGAUGUCAUGGCAAACAUUGCAGAAAGGGCAUAUACCAGCGCUACAGAAUCCAUCAUCACAGCACAAUUCCACUAGUAGUAUAAAUUCAUUAUCGCAGCGCCAUUCCACUGAUGAUAUAAUUCCAUCAUCCUUUAGUGCAGUUAGUGAAACUUGUGAUAAAAACAUGCAUGAAUCAAAUUCUCAAAAUGGACAGUCUUUCUCAAACAAUCAUGAUGUUCUACGACCAUCCACAUUUUCUUCUCCUAAUUCAGAUGUCCAAAUGACCACAUGUGGUCCUAACAUACCUUCUACUUCUAAGGUGCAUUUUAGCUCAAUAGUGAUAGAAGAACUCGUUAGACAGGUUCUUGAAAAACCUGAGGUGACCCAGAUACUUCACGAACGAUCAAACAGCCUGUCCAGUAAGAGUUCAACGUCUAUUGGCGAAGGACAACUAGAUGCAUUGAGAUUGGCAGAAGUUUCGUCGCCCAAUGAAGACAACACUAACAAUGCUGUUACGUAUAAUAUGUUUGAUGCUGAAAAUCUGGCGAGCAGGCAAAUAGGAAAUGUUCAACAAAUAAACUUUGACAUGAACGGAACUGAAGUUGAAAAAUCUGAGGAAGUAGCGAAAGAAUCUAAAGAGCUGAUCGAUGUGACCUUGGAAAGAUUUAAAGCACCAGUCGAUCUUCUGUUUCAUUAUCAAGCCUUUAACAAGGAGUGUUAUAAAAAGUAUAAGAGUGGUGAGUGGAAAGUUCCUAUGACAAACACAGACAGGGAAGAAUUGAAAUUCAUUUGGAACCAACUGAUGGAAGGAGUAAAAUAUUACAAUGAACAAGUUAUGGGCUUUGCCAGUAAGACUCCAGGAUUUUCUAAAUUUACCAUGGCUGACCAAGAAAAACUAACAAUGAAUGCCUAUAUGGAAAUCUGGAUGAUGAUAAAUUCAGAGUUUUUGUGUGAGAAUGAAUCUUAUGUGCUGUUAAACAACACAAAGGUGUUUUAUUCCAAGGCUACGAUGAAGAUGAUACUUGGUGAAGAGUUGACAACGCUGAUGUUAGAUUUUGGCAGGAAGUUUAGUCAGUACAACUUGUCUGAUACUGAGAUUGGUUUAUUGAGUGCUAUAAGACUGACUAAUCCCGAUGUUGAAAAUUUGGAAGAAAAAGACAAAGUAGAACUCCUGAACUCUCACUUUCUGGAUAUUUUUGCCAGUAUGUUCAACAAGAGGCCCCACAGUAGCAGAAUGGCAUUGUCUCUGUUCCAGUACAUGUCUGUAUUAAAAACAAUUACCCAGUUACAGCAGGAGGCCAUCUUUAACUUCAGCUUGGAUAGUCCACCUGUAGAAGUUGUAACUGAAAUUGAAGUGACCCCAACAUGAUGUAUUAGAACAAGAUGAGAUAUAAGAUGGAUCAGCACUACAGAAUUUUUACCAAAGAUUUUGACAAAAAACAAUGAAGACUUUUAAGUUCUUUUAUAAAUGGUAUUGUUUUAUCUACUAUGACAGUAUGAUGUAAUAGCAGCUGCUAAAAAUACAGAAUUACUGACCUUAGUAACUUACCUAUUUUAUAGGUAGUAUUAACCCUAAACACACAUUUGGUUCUUGUUUAAACUUUAUAGUGCCUUGUUUUUUAGUGAGUUUUGUGAUAACUUUUUUGCAAAAAGGGAGAUAAUUCAAUGAAGAAAGUUAUCAACAUAUAAAUGCAUAUCGACAAUCAAAAUCUUUUUCCAUAACUUAUUGCUCAAAAGUAUAAAAAUUAGUUGUUUCUUACAAUAUUUUUUGCUAACAAUAUUGUUUAAAUAUUUAUUAAUGAUUAGCAGACGUUAGAACUCAGGACCUAUAUGGCUGCAUUGGUUUCCAUGGCAUUAACUAAUUUUACAAACUCAAUAA